GUCAGUUCUACUCACAAGUGAGUAAAACUCUCUUGUGAGUGAAAUUUGAUUUCUGUCAUCAAAAACAAUUAUAUAAUGUGCGUAAGAAACCACACCUACAAGAUAAAUUUAGUAAAAGUUUGGAAAAAAAGUUGGCUUCUUUUGAGCUCUACUAUGAUAAAAUACUGGCGCAACUAUCAAAUUCACACUGCACCUAAUUAAGUAAUUAUCUUUAAAAACACACGUUUUUAUGGCUUAAAAUAAUCUGUUCAUCAGUUAACACUUCUAUUGCUGGUUUGUCAUUAUCAACCCCAACAUAUUUCUCAAAAUUCGGUGAAAAGUUCAUUAUAAACGAAACGUUGCUCCACAUUUUAAGUCAAAUUUAGUUCGUUAUAGCCAGAGGCGAGUAUAAAGUACGCAGAUACAUAAGUAUCUUUUUUUUUAACAAAUAUCUAGACAACCAUAUUAUUGAAUUUCUGUAUUCACAAUAAAAGAAUGUUAAGCCGCCAAACCACUACUUAAUAUUAAAUCGUUUUGACAAUAGAAGAUAAAUAAUCCAGUUAAGCAUAUCCUAGAUUACGGUAAGGAUAAAUUACAAUUCACAACAUCAAAGAUCAUUUCAUCAUGAAAUUCCUCGCAUUCUUUUUGCUGUGUGUACCACACGUUUUGAGUUUGCCUAAAGGGUCUCGAAUUGUUGGAGGAAACCAGGCCAGAGGUGGUCAGUUUCCCUUUGUGGCGGCAAUUUAUGUAACAAGGUCUGGAGGUACUUACUUCUGUGGAGGUGUUUUGCUUAGUAAUCAGUGGGUUCUCACGGCUGGACAAUGCGUAGAUGGAGCCACUUCGUUUCGAGUUCAACUUGGCUCAAAUAUUCUGGAAGGUACAGAUCUUAAUCGUGUUACUUUAGCCACCGCUACUUACACCCUUCAUCCCAGGUAUAAUUCCGAGACUUUGGAAAAUGAUCUUGGUUUGAUUAAAUUGCGACUUCCGAUUGAGUUCAAUCAAUAUAUCAGUGUUAUCACACUACCAAGUAGUUUCACCCCUGAUUAUGUUUCCGUCACUGCGGUUGGAUGGGGACAAGUCGAUGAUUUUAGUACCGGGCUUUCGAACAAUCUUGUUUCCGUCACACUUACUACAAUAUCUCAUGAUGAGUGUCAGUUAACUUACGGUCCACAAAUUACGCAUGAUAUGCUCUGUGCUGCUGGAAACUUCAAUGAGGGUAUUUGUAAUGGUGAUAUGGGUGGAGCUUUAAUUCAAACAAUUGGUGGAACAGCAGUUCAUGUUGGAAUUGCAAGUUUCAGAAGUCACAACGGAUGUGAAACCACUGAUCCUUCAGGUUUUACUAGGACAAUUGCUUACGUAGACUGGAUAAGAAAUGUAACUCAAUUGUAGUUUUUUUGUAUUACAAAAUAAACAUUA